AUUCAAAGCACACAGACAGAACAACCUGGCAACCCAGCUCAGAGUAGCUGAGGAACACAUCGGCCUGGCUUUAAGCAAAAUCCUCUCUCGUUUUGCGUGGGGCCUCUACAAAAAAUAAUUUAUUGCAGAUAAAUUGGUGAUCCGGGAUUAUGUCGGCAAGCGACGACUCUGCUGAGUUGAACAGAUCGAGCUCUCCAGUUCAUCACAGAAAAAAGCACAGCAUGGAAUCUUCUAGAUCUCCCAGAUCCUCCAAACACCACCAUUCACGAUCCAGGUCACGCUCCAGGGACCGAAAACGGGACAGAAAAUACAGACAAAGUCGCAGCAGGAGCAAAGAGGCACGAAAAAGGGAUUCAGAGAAGCCAUCGAAAUCUCACAGAAAAUCAGACGACCAUCAAGAUCAGGAGAGGCACCCAGCAGAGAAUGGAGAGGAGCGAUCCAGGCGGAAGGAAAGGAAGUCUUCGAGGGGGCGGAGCUUGUCCGGGUCGCACUCGAGAGAGAGACGGCAUCACAGCAGAAGCAGGGAUCAGCGGCGGUCAAGAUCACGCAGCCGGGAAAGGAAGAAGAAGGCCAGGUCUCGUUCAGGUUCAAGGACCAAACACCGUCACCACAGCAGAAGUCGUAGCAAAAGCAGGGAGCAGAAGAAAAGGGUCGAGAAAGUGCACAGAAAGAGUCAAAGCAGAUCUGUUAGUCCGCUGGUCUUCCGUGGGCGAAACACAGCGAUGGAUGCACAAGAGGCUUUAGCCAGAAGACUAGAGAGAGCCAAGAAACUACAGGAGCAGAAAGAGAAAGAAAUGUUGGAGAAGCAACAGCAGGAAAUGGCUGCAGUUGUAGCUGCUCCUAUUGCAGCUGCUGCUGCAGCGGCUGCCUCAAACCCUGCCCUAAACGUGGCCGCCCUUCUGGCCUCUGGGACGCAGGUCACACCUCAGAUCGCCAUGGCUGCACAGAUGGCAGCCCUUCAAGCCAAAACCCUCGCUGAGACUGGCAUUGCCGUGCCCAGUUAUUAUAACCCAUCUGCUGUCAACCCCAUGAAGUUUGCGGAGCAGGAGAAAAAGAGGAAAAAGCUAUGGCAGGGCAAGAAGGAAGGGGAAAAGUCGCAAACAGCUGAGUUGUGGGAGAAGCUAAACUUUGGCAACAAGGACCAGAACGUUAAAUUUCGCAAGCUUAUGGGUAUUAAGGGUGAGGACGAGGCAGAAGCUACCAAACAACUCAACGAAGAAGGGUUGAAGACUCUUCAGAAGCAAGAGGAGAUGUUCAAGAACCUCGAUGUUCAGUACGAGAUGGCUCGAUCUCAGACGCACACCCAGAGAGGAAUGGGCCUCGGCUUUUCCUCCUCUUUCUCUCGAGGAAUGGAUUCUGUCUAGAUGCAAACCUUGGCAGUCAUCCUCAUCACAUCAUUCAUCAUUGGCCCUGAAGCUUGCAUGGACGUUGCUCCGGAUCUGUAAAUUAUUUAUAGACAAAAGCCCCAUAAAUUGUAACAUUGAAAUGUAUAUAGUAUGACGCUGAGUUUGUCUUGGUGUCUGUAGGUCUACGGGAAAAGGAAGCAUCAUCUUGACUGGUUGAUGCGGGGGUGAAUUAGAUAUUUCUUUUCAAUAAUGUGAUAUCUUUUUUUUUUUAUUAAAAACAAAUAUAUAUUGAUGUGUGGUUGUCGAAAUAUGAUGUGGUUUAAAGUGGACACUGUUCACAUCCAUUCAGCAAAGGACAUACAAGGUCAAUGGUAGCGUUGACGGAAUCCUCCAUCUUCAUCCCCCAGUGGGAAUAAUCGUUCAUGGGUUGUCAUAAAACCUUGUCUCCUGGACUGCCUUGGAUAGACGUGAGCUUGAAAUGAAUCAAAUGUUUCACUCAUUCAUAUAAUAAAAUUUGUGUUGAGAAAC